GUUUCGCUGAAGCCUGUAAUUGUUUUCAAGAUGUUCAAUUGAUGUGAAAUAAGUUUUACUCGAAAUGUUCGCUGAAAUGUUCGCCUAUUUAAUGGUUCUUGUGUCUGUUCGCGAAGCCACCGCAACUGUCAAUUGUAGGGAUCGCAGUAACCAUUUACGGCAUGAUGGCGGAUUGUGCUUCGAGAUCGCAUCCUGGCCUCAUAGGACCGUGGAAGUGGACGAGCACAUCAAUAAGCUGAAGAAUACGUGGGCCAGCACCCAGAGACGAAUGCUCCAGCAUCCAAGACCUGCUCUGAACAGUGAAGUGAAUCGCUACUUGGCCACAGUGAUAGCACCAUUCCUGGACACUUACCAUCGAAACAUACAGACAUCUUACCACCAGUCAACCAACAAAAUACUGAAGCGAAUCAAAGAUGAAAUCAAUGCAGCACUGCGAAAGAAACAGAAGAUAUACUCGGAGUUAAGUCAAUUAGCAGACUCCUUGAACGUACCACAAAUGUGUGAUGAGGAAAAACGGUCUGCCCGCACGUUAGCAUCCAAGCAUGUCGCUCUUACUUACCAAUGCACUGAAGAGGCCAGAGCAUCCAUCGGGAAAAUGGGAAAAUAUGCUGAGGAGAUGAUAACUAUCACGAGAAACCACAUGCAGUCCGCCAUCGCUGAUGCCACUCAAACGUUUGAGAAUGUGAACGUGACAACGUGCCUCGAAGAAUUGUCCCGGUCUGCCGUCACGCUGGGCUACGAGCUAGACUUGAGUCUCACAAACGCACGUCGACAAAACGGACAGUCGUGUGAACGCCUUGCCAACUGCUGUGCUAAGGUGCGAAGAAAUACUGACGACUCUGUGCUGUCAUUGACAGAAUACUUUAAUCAAUGUGUUUAUGCUUGAGCUAUAAAAUACAAUACAA